GGAGGUGGAGUCUAAGUGUACACUUACACUAACUCGUGUUAAAAGCUUGGUUAUAUGUGUUAACCAUUAAGGGAUGUCACACAUUGUGCUGUAAAAGAUCAACUUUUAAAGGACUUUUUUGAGCUGUCAGAGAUUGAUCAAGCAGACAUGGACACUCACGGGAAACAAGGUGAAGUUUACCUACAACAUCAGAAACAUGGGAAGAAGUGGAAGCGAUAUUGGUUGGCCCUUCAUCCGGCUAGUCAGCAGGGCGUGGGACGGUUAGAGUUAUUAGAAGCUGUUAACGAACGGUCAACUGUGGUGGUCAGACGACAUCCAGAGAGGAAAGUUGUACGUCUGGCCGACUGUGUGAGUGUCGUCAAGCUGCCUCCUCACGCAGCGGCUUGUCCAGAGGAAAACAUGGCUGCUUUCUGUGUGGAGAUGGAGGACAAGAGGCUUGUGUUUGCAGCAGAGAAGGAAAGGUGUGGAGAAUGGGUGGACAUAAUAUGUAACAAUGCCUUUGAGAAACACACUAAAAGUGUGUCAAAGCCGAUACGUCUUAUGGAGGACAAUCAGAUCUGCAUGUCCAGAGAACAAUUGUGCAAUUUUAAAGUGGUUGUACUGCAGAACGAGGUUUCAGUUCGAUGUGGCCUGAGAGGACAGUACUGGCUACAAGUUGGUGAGGACAGGCUAGUUCUUCAAGAUCUGGAGACCAGGAGGACCGUCAUGGAGUGGCCACAUAAGCUGCUGCGCCGCUAUGGCCGAGAUAAGAUGCUGUUUUCUAUAGAAGCAGGCAGGCGCUGUGAAUCAGGUCCCGGCACCUUUAACUUUGAGACCAGACAGAGUGAUGAGAUCUUUCGCCUCACUCAGUCAGCUAUUCACCUACAGAUGAGCCUUGCCGCUACCGGAGACAGGCACUCACCACAUUAUCCACGUUUUCGUUCUCCUCACUCACCCCUUCCAAGACGCCCUGAUAGUUUUACUUUGCUUGAUACGAAGGGCAGCAACAGCCCUCAGCCUUCAGACACAAAACUGCCCUUGAACCUUAAUCCAGCACAUGCUCUUGACCCAAACAGAUUUUCUGUACAUACAAAACCAGCAAGUCCUAUAGGCUUAACUGAACAUGCGUAUGCAAACCCUACAGAUUCCUUUUGCUCCUUAAAAAGCACACAGUCAGAUCCUGGUGGUCGUAUUAGCUCGAUUGAGCCAGUUUAUUCAAACCCUGAUGUGUAUUCUGAUCCUGCAGAUGCCAUCCACCUGAAACCUAACAGUUGUGUCCAUGCCAACGCUACGGACAUGAUAUACUGCCGGCCUGUCAAGACAACGCCUGACAAUGACCAGCAGCAAGACUCAGUAUAUGAGUACUCUGAGGUGUAUGACCAUGUCAAACCAAACACAAGUAAAAGUCUUGACCAGACUGAGGGGCCCAUUUAUGGCAUACCUGAGGUUGUACAGUCAGCUCAAAACAAUAACUCUCAGAGCAAAAUGUCUGAUGAGAACCAACCCAUCUACAGCAAAGUUAACAAACCACCCAAAACCCCUCAGUCUCUCCAAGAAAAGAAGCUAAGCCUAACACCCGAGGUUGUCUCUGAGGACCAUGGAAUGAUUUGAUUUAAACAUGUAAUAUAAAGUCUU